AUGUGGUUUAUCUGGAACUUUAUCUCGAUAAAUUACGACAUGUAUUACACCAACCUUCGUCCCCACAGCCUGCCCGGCCACAAAUGGCAUGCUCCUUUCAAGCCUUUGGGCCAGUGGGCUGCCAUCGACAACCUGUACGGCGAGCAAGCUUGGAUAGACAAUGAUACCGUCCUGGCUGGUGUUACUUCCAUCAGUGGCUUUGAGGCGAUGCUUUGCUUGGUUUACCUUUGGAGUCUAGUUCGGGGUCGCGGGUCGAGUAAAGCGACGAAGACAAAUACUGUCCGCCCAAUGACUACGGACACCGCCGUUAUCGGUUUAAUAGUUGCUGUGGCUCAUUGGACCAAGAUGUGGAUGUAUACAAGCUUCCCAACGCUUCUGCGAGCACAGUUCUAUCCCUUCUCGUCUGAUUUGGAUGUUGGUCAAUGGGAAAUCAAGAGCAACCUGUUUAUCCAUCAAUACAAUGGUACAAGUCUCCACAAGGCGUCUUGGGUGUGGUUCCGCCUGCGCUGCUACGUCCAACAGAACCAGGGUUCCAAGACCCCGCCCCUCCCCCGCACUAACCGCAUCAACACCUCUCCCACGCCAGCUGCCCCUUCCAGCCAGCUCCAGCCCACCUGUCUCGCCCCGCCCCUCCCAACCACAUUCACCUACGUCACCGAUCACGCAGCUGCGUACUACGCACCUCUAGCCGGCUACAUAACCCACACCAUGUCGUCUCCAGCCCAGCCCUCUCCUCAAGUCCUACAAGCCUACCAGCAAAGACUAGAAACCCUUUACCAAAGUCUACCGGACCUUGUCACUACCGAGCAGGAAGACAGAACCGAAAUCGAAGCACUCGAACAAGACGUUGGUAACCUUGACGUCAAGGAACAGAACGUACAAGACAGGGCCAACAAGUACUGUCAAGAGUUUCUCUACAUCGGCGGCCUCACCGAUAAGAUCGCAAAAGAGUCGUCCGACUCGACCGCCUCUUCGCACGCGAACCACGCUGAUAUCCAGGCUCACAACUCAAAGGGGCCUGUUGUUCCUGAUAGCAUGCCCAAGGCUGAGAGCAAGGAGGAGCUUAAGAAGAGGGCUGAGGAGUUGAACAAAUAG